AUGUUAACCGUUGUAUGUGUGGAUGAUAAUUGCAAGUGGAUGCUACGUGCUUCUACUGUCAAGCAAUCUGCAAUCUUCAUGAUCCGUAAAUUCAUCAACAUGCAUACAUGUUCCCUUGAUUUUCGUCGUCACGCACAUCGACAUGCCACUAGUUCUGUAAUUGCCGAGCACAUUGUAGGCAAACUGGAUACUCCAGGUCGAUCGUAUGACCCUACCGCUAUUGCACGUGAUAUGGAAUGUGAGUUCGGUGUGAAAAUCAGUUAUAACAAAGCUCGUAGGGGAAAGUUUCAUGCCUUAACUAUGCUACACGCUUUCGGUGCAAGCAUUCGUGGUUACACGCAGUACUUGAGACCCGUUAUUUGUGUUGAUGACAGUCAUCUAAAGGGGCCAUACAAAGGGACACUUCUACUGGCAACUGCUCAAGAUGACAGAAAAAAGAGCAUUGACAAAGUUAUUACUCAGUUGUUUCCGUUGUCUCACCAUGGUUGUUGUAUUUGGCAUCUCGAAAAGAACCUCAUACAGCGGUACAGCAACGCAAGUUCAAUACUUCUAUUCAAACGAGCUGCUACGACAUAUCGGGUUGAGGACUUCGAAAGACUCAUGGGACAGAUCCGCAGGGUGAGCACAAGAGCGCAUGGGUACUUAGAGCGUGCGGGUUAUUCAUUUUGGUCCCAAGCACUAUUUCUUGGCCACCGUUACAACAUCAUGAUGAACAACAACGCUGAGUCUCUGAACUCCAUGUUGAGAGAAGCUCGUUCUUUACCGAUAACUUGCUUGGUCGAACACAUUCGGAGUACUUUGCAGAAGUGGUUUUAUGAACGUCGGAAAAUUGCGACCGAUUGCAGUACAGUAUUGACGCCGAGGAUGGAAAAUGAGUUACGGAUGACAUUUGAAACUGGAACUAGGCUUCGAGCCCAGUUGUUGACAAACAACUUAACUCAGGUUGGAAUAUCCAACGACGUGGACAUAGUUGACUUUUCCGAAGACACCUGCACGUAUUGUGAGUUCCAACUAAACCGUAUGCCAUGUGCUCAUGCAACUCGUGCUCCUUGCUUCAAAGGGAAGUCUUUGUAUGACCUUUGCUCCCCUUAUUACACAUCUGGUUACUGGAGGGGUGCCUAUAGCGAAGCGAUAUACCAUGUUGGCCGUGAAGCGGACUGGGUUGUUCCCAGUUUAAUUACAUCCACUCCUAUUUUGCCACCACUCGUACGUCGCCCUCCAGGUAGACCACCAACCCGACGUAAGCGUUCAAGACACGAAUCUGCAUGGUCGAGCAGGAAAUGCACUCGUUGUGGUCGUCUUGGUCAUAAUCGGAGUACAUGUUCGAACCCCAAUGUAUCACAAGUUCCCUAA